AUGAAGACUAAGAAAGAAGAGAUUGCUAAUCACAAGGUGGAUUCUGCAGCAUCUCAUGUAGGAAACAAAGUCUUACCUAUAACUGAUUCAGCGUCGUCGUCGUCAGCAGCAACAAGCAGCGAACAAUGUCCGAACACAGACAGCAAGAAAGAGAAGACGAAAGGCGACAAGAUGAACACCAUUGCAAGGAUGAAGGUGUUGCUGAAAUGGGCAGCAGCUGCCAGGACUGACAAAGGAGCAAAAUACAUUGGUAGAAAGGUGUUGCAUUUUAGGAACAAAUCAGCAGGGCUGAAGGUGGUGAGAGACGAGGACGAGCUGAGCAACGAGUCUCCAAAAAUAAGCUUCAGAUGGGAUGUGGAGAGCUGCUCCACCACUUCAUCUGUCUAUUCCGCCAUCUCUGCAGUGGCUUCGUCGCUGAGACACGACCACCUCCUCGGUGCAUCCUCACUGAACUCCACGCCUCUGCGCGUUAGAGGCCGCUCUCGGCCGGGAAACUGGAUCACCACAGAUUCUGAAUUUGUUGUGCUGGAGUUGUGA